AUGCCACCAACAAAAGUUCGCAAAACAGUCGCACCUACGAGCCCCGCUCAAUCCCGGAAACAAGUAGCAGCACCCGUGGCCUCAUCAAGCACAGCGCGCAAGCCCACAAAAGCCACAAAACCACCGAAGAAGUCUCCCAAGAAGCCCGCAGGCAAGCGUCUAUCAAAUGUACAACCCGGUGAUCCAACACCCCAAGGUCGGCGUCGUCGCUACAAGCCCGGCACUGUCGCAUUAAAAGAAAUCCGACGCUACCAACGCUCCUAUGACCUUCUUAUCGCGAAGCUUCCAUUCGCACGACUAGUUCGCGAAGUCGCAUUAGAUCUACUCCCCGCGGAACGAGGCGCCGAGCUUCGAUGGCAAUCACAGGCUAUCCAAGCGUUACAAGAAGCGGCGGAGGCAUUCAUGGUGCAUUUAUUCGAGGAUACGAAUCUUUGCGCGCUGCAUGCGAAGCGAGUUACUAUUAUGCAAAAGGAUAUUCAACUUGCGCGUCGGAUUCGGGGUGCUUGGGCUGGAUUGGGCUAA